AAUUACAUAUUAUUUAUAAACGUUAAUUACUCAUCAAUAAUAUUAAUCAUAUGAAAUUAAACAAAUCUUAGAAAGUGUAUCUCUUUUUAUAGUAGCGACGACUACACAGAAGAAGAUGAGUCACAAGUGUAAUGCAGCAAAUAGAGAAUAAUGGUCAUUUCAUUUUAAUCAAUUAUUCAGAUUGAUGAUUUAUGAUGGUCACCAAUCACAAAUAUGCAAGAGUUAAGUGUCGCUCGAUUCAAACCGCACGAUACAAAUAUUUCAGUCCGUCAAGAACGACGUGCACGAAUAGUGGGCUUUUAAGACAGCACGCAUAGUAUAUAUAUAUAAUAUAUAAAAAAUAAUUAUCACAGUUGCAGUUUUUAAUCAAACAAAAGAUAUAGAAUAUGACCUGGUAAAACUUGUCGUAUGAAUAGUGACAAAAGUAAAAAUUUAUAAUUCAGUAAUUUCCUGGUUGUUUUUUCUACCAAAUUAUAUUAAGAGGAACUACAGAGGAAAACUGACAACAUUUAUAUUAUUGUUCGAUACAACCGAAUAUAUACGUGUCAGUUUAUAGCGUCGUCAUUGGCUUUCAUGAAAAAAGUGAGUGUUUAUUAAACAAAAGUUUUAUAAUUUAAUGUAAGAUGCAUUGUGAUUGGUUAUGAAGAGAAAUUUUGAAAAAUAGUAAUAGAGAAGAGAUCUCAUUAUUAAUGUGCUAAACAAAUUCAAAAAAUUAUACAUAAGAAAACAUUGAUUCGAUUAGCACAUUUGCUUUAUCCAGAAUAUCGAUAGAAUCACUAUUCAUAGCUGAGCUGCCAAGCAUUGGGCGGAAACUAAUUGAGCGCAAGUAUCCACAAGAAAAAAAAAUUAUUAUGUCGAAAAUGAUAUUAUGUGUUUUAUUAAAAAUGUUAAUGUUAGCGAGAGCAGACAUCCUGUCAAAGUAUCCGGAUUCAGAUUUCAUACAGGAUAUUCCAGUAUCCGAGAACAACGAUUAUCACAUUUUACAAAACCUAGAAUCGGACCGGAGUCAUUCUGAUAAUGUGAAUGUGAGAAACAAAAUUGAUGAGAUUCCAUUUGCAAAUAUGUCUAUGAUCCCAGAAUCUAUUGAAAGUAUUUUGAGCAAACCAACAUUUCCCAGAGCAUUUGUCGAUUUCUACAAUGGAUUCCUAAACGAGAAAAACGACAUUUCUGCGACAUUCAGAUGGAACCUACCUGAAUCUACAGACGAAGUAAUACAAGGAUACACAGUGCAGUGUUGGUUCAUCGAGAACCAAAAACGGAUUCAAAUUUGCGACGACAAAAGUAUUUCAGCAACAACAUUGGAAUGCACAGUGCACAAUCUAAAACCUAAUACGACGUACUACUUUCAAGUACAAGCACAUACUAAAGUUGGUGCUGGCCCUUACACCGAUUUAAUUGAUGUAUCGACUACGCAUGAAAAUCCAAUACCGCAAUUAUUGAUUGUAUCGGAAAAUGGUAUUAAUAUAUGGGAUCUGGAUUCAAAAAUCAACAUUGGACUCGUUAAGCAAAGGGAUGUGGUAGAUGUCACUUAUUCAAUAGCGGAACAUAAAAUUUAUUGGAGCAAUAAAAUGAGGGACCUAAUGAUAUUGGAGAUGAAUGAAAACAAUAUUACAAAAAUAGCUAAGCUUCGAAGUAUUGCGCGCAAUCUCUGUAUCGACUGGGUAGCAAAAAAUCUGUACUGGAUAGGAUCAGACAGUCUUUUGUCUUUUGGCGACGUAUUAAAGCUCGACUUAACAAUGUGGGAAAAUGGCAUAGUCAAAUAUGAUAAGAUUCUGGAAAUAAAAUCCGAUUUUUUACCUUGCAUUUUAACUAUACUACCGUCUGUAGGAAAUUUAUAUUGGACAAAUUACACAAAUUAUCUUGCUAAGAUAAUGCGAUCGGAUCUCGAUGGAAAAUUCGCUCAAAGAUUUCAAAGAAAUUUAUCGAUUAUGUGCCCCUCUUCACUCGAUUUAUCAUAUUCUUCUUUCAUGAAAAUUGAUGACAUGAAUACUAAGAAGCCGCUAAUUUACUGGCUAUGGAGUGCUUCUUUGAUUGUGACAGACAUUAAUGUUUCUAUGUGCAAUUUAAUUUUACAAACCAAAAAUAUUGGUAAUGAAAUAUACUUCAAAUCAUUUUUAGCGAUUGAUAAGACAAACAUUUACUUUUCUACAUAUAACAGCGAUAAUUAUUUGUAUGCUUUAAAAAAAAAAUAUGCACUUCUCGAUAGUGUAGACGCAUUCAAAUACAUCCAAAAGAUAAAACCGUCUUUCGGUAUUCUCAAAACUCAUGUUUUCGGUAAAUCUUUGCAAUCGUAUCCUCCGACAAAAUGUCUGACACCGGACAAAAAAGUUUACUACGUAGAACCAGUAAUGGUAACGACGAACAGCAUCAUCGUAAAUCUUCCGAAACCGGUCCCCAAGAGUGGAUGCAAAAGAUACAACUUACCUACCACUCUAUAUACCAUCUACAUAAGCCACUGUUUGGAUAAUGAGCUUAACAAGUUCGAUAAUUUCACCGUGCGGACGUACGAGCAAUAUUACAAAAUUCAGAAUUUAACGCCGCUUACAGAGUACAAGUUAUUGCUAGUAAUAAGCAAUUUUUACUCUGAUCAGUUAUCGAUAGGCCCGUUAUUUGGCUCAGAAAUGAUACUAAGAACUAAACCGAGCAAGCUUAAUAAACCGGAAAAUGUGACAGUUCAGGUUCUAACGCCUACUAAAGCGGCAGUUCGUUGGAUGCCACCCAAGAAACUGAACUGCGUCCCCGUGACCUACAAAGUAUAUUGGAUGUUAAUUAUUUUGGUAAACAAUACGCGACAAAUACACGAGUCAAAUAAACUUAUAAAUAAAAUCAAACAUAAGAUACAUAGCAAAUUUUUCACAAUAAUCGAACCUUUGAUACCAGGACAGAAAUACAGGGUAUAUGUACGCAUGCAUCCAGUCAACUACAGCGAUCUUUAUACUAACAGUUUGAGCAAAACCUUAUACGUAUAUUCGGAACCAAACAAUAUAACUUUGAACGAGGUUAGCAUAAACGGUAUGAAUAUCUCGUGGAUUCCUAGCGUUAAUUUGACAAUUCAUUACAUAUUGGAAUACAAAAAUGUUGAGAUGCAGAAGUGGCAAAUUGCAAACAACUUUGAGCCGAAUAAUGAGAAAAAAGUAAUGUACUAUAUAAAAAAUCUACUACCAGGAACUCUAUACGAAUUUCGUUUGAUACUGAGAUACCCCAAGUACGAGACAGACUUUAUAUGGCCGUCCGAUGGAAGAUUUACUUUUUCAACUAUGACAAGUGAAAUUUCAAGCACUCCUGGAAUAUUAGUUAUGCAAUAUUACCUACCAUUCAUCUUAAGCCUUGUCGCUAUAAUUACUGUAAUCUACAUCUACUACUUUUAUUAUUUAUAUCGACAACGUAAAGAAAGUAACGAGCAAGUUUUGCCUCCAAUGAUGAUUGACAUCGAAUUAGCGAUUUUACAUGAGAUACCUAACACUAAUGUUCAACUCAAUACGUUAUACAGUCCUAUGUUGCAAUAUAAUUCGGAUGAAAAUGUACUGAUCAAAAUCAAACUUGAGCAAAUCAGACUAGAAAAACUUUUAGGUAGCGGCGCAUUCGGAAUGGUGUUUCAAGGAAAAGUAAAGAAUUUAGAAAGACCGGGCAUAGAGGUACCCGUUGCCAUAAAAAAACUUCGAAAUAAUGCUUCCUCCCAAGAAAAAAAGAAGUUUUUAGAAGAGGCCAGGCUUAUGAAUCAUUUCCGACAUAAACAUGUGCUAAGAUUGCUGGCUGUCUGCUUAGACAAAGAUUCUCCAUUAAUCGUGUUGGAAUUAAUGGAAACUGGUGAUCUGUUACAAUAUUUGAGAAAUAGUCGACAAUUGCAACCGUCAGAUUCGCACGCUCUGCGUCUGCAAGACUUGUUCACCAUGUGCGAAGAUGUUGCGCGAGGCUGUUGCUACCUGGAAAAUCUGCGUUUCGUUCAUAGAGAUCUCGCGUGUCGAAAUUGCUUAGUAUCCGCAAGAGAUCGCGAGAACCGUGUUGUCAAAAUCGGCGAUUUUGGACUAGCUAGAGAUGUUUACAAGAAUGACUAUUACCGUAAGAAAGAACAAGGUCUGCUUCCUAUUUGCUGGAUGGCACCAGAAUCUCUGGUGUUCGGAAUAUUUAGUUCUCAGAGCGAUGUUUGGUCAUUUGGGGUUCUAAUGUGGGAAAUUACAUCAUUGGGUGACCAUCCCUACAUUGGUAGAACUAAUCUGGAAGUGAUAGAUUAUGUACGCGCUGGAGGCAGAUUGCCGAUACCUCUCAAUUGUCCAUCGACUUUGUACGAAUUAAUGCUGCGUUGCUGGAAUCCAACGAAUAAUAGACCGAAUUUCAAAGUUUGUCUCGAAAAUAUUAUAGCUCUAAAAAAUAACAUAGAAGAUACCUUACUAAGUCCAGUGGAUAUUUUGUAGCCAAUAAAAUUAAAUUAAUUAGUGACGUUAUUUUCCAAACGAUCCAAUGAAACUCAACGGAUAAAUAAGAUUAAAUAACUAAUGUUCUGCCGUUUUCAAAUUUAAUUUUAAUAUAUUAGAUUUAUCAAUAAAAAUAAGAAAAACGUUUUUUAAUCUUACUUCGAGAAAAAUUUUAAUGAUUAAAACACAUAACACUUGUCCUUACAAUUGUAAACAACGGGAUGCUGGCGCUAGUACCUUCGAGUAACCGAAACGAAAUUUAAUGGUUCUGAUUACUAUAAUUAUCGAUAGAUUGCUACAGUAGUUUUAGAAAUUUGUGCUAUAUAUAUAA